AGAGGAAGGAGGGGGGCAGCUGAUGUUGGUGACGCAGGAAAAACACCCAACACAGUAGACAAAAAAGCGAGAAGCUGAUCGCAGACAGUUUAUGUAGGCUGAGCGCCUCGCACACAACAUACACAGCUGAAUGACACAAUCGUGCUUUAGCAACGCGUAAUUGAUCACGUUUUGGGCCAGUUGGAAGAAGGUCCGAUUUGAUUUUUGGUUAUGCAAUGGUCUCUGCAUCAGUGCUAGCACUUUCAGCUGUGUGCCACUUCUCUACCAGUCCAGAGGAGGCAGUGAUUUCGUCCCGUGCGCCAGUGACCUAAGCAGACAAGAUUGCAAAGAUCUGCCCCGUGUCGAGUAUGACUGCCACGACCCGUGGCUCCCCCAUGGGGGGGAACGAAAGUCAGGAGCAGGGCCAAGCUCCGGACGGUCAGUCUCAACCCCCACUCCCCCAAAACCAGACAUCCACUCCCACGUCGUCCAACGAGAACUCUCCAGUAAGUCCUCCAGAUGAGCAGGUCCAGGGAGACUGUACAGGCCAGCUGGAGGAGGAGGAGGAGCCAGCUUUCCCUCACACAGACCUGGCCAAACUGGAUGACAUGAUCAACAGACCCCGCUGGGUUGUUCCAGUUUUGCCAAAGGGUGAAUUAGAAGUUCUUCUUGAAGCUGCUAUAGAUCUUUGCAAAAAAGGACUUGAUGUCAAGAGCGAAGCCUGCCAGAGAUUUUUCCGUGAUGGUUUGACAAUAUCUUUCACCAAAAUACUGACUGAUGAGGCUGUCAGUGGAUGGAAGUUUGAAAUCCAUAGGUGCAUAAUCAACAACACCCAUCGUCUGAUGGAACUGUGUGUAACCAAGCUCUCUCAGGACUGGUUUCCUCUUCUGGAACUCUUGGCCAUGGCCACCAACCCCCACUGCAAGUUUCAUAUUUACAAUGGUACCCGACCCUCAGAGACGGUGCCUGCUGGGGUGCAGCUGGCUGAAGAUGAGCUCUUUGCUCGCCCGCCUGACCCUCGCUCUCCCAAGGGCUGGUUGGUGGAUUUAAUAAACAAAUUUGGCACAUUAAACGGGUUUCAAAUUCUGCAUGAUCGAUUCAUGAGUGGUCAAGCUCUGAACGUUCAGAUCAUCGCUGCACUCAUAAAGCCUUUUGGGCAGUGCUAUGAGUUUCUCACUUUGCACACGGUGAAGAAGUACUUCCUUCCCAUUAUAGAAAUGGUUCCCCAGUUUCUAGAAAACCUCACUGAUGAUGAGCUGAAAAAGGAAGCAAAGAAUGAAGCCAAAAAUGAUGCUCUGUCUAUGAUAAUCAAGUCAUUGAAGAACCUGGCUUCACGAGUACCAGGGCAAGAGGAAACGGUGAAGAACAUGGAGAUUUUUAGGCUAAAAAUGAUUCUUAGAUUAUUGCAAAUUUCCUCUUUUAAUGGCAAAAUGAAUGCACUAAAUGAAGUAAAUAAGGUCAUCUCAAGCGUCUCGUACUACACACAUCGUCAUGGCAACCCAGAAGAGGCAGAGUGGCUCACGGCAGAGCGCAUGGCUGAGUGGAUUCAGCAAAACAACAUUUUGUCCAUUGUACUGCGGGAUAGCCUUCAUCAACCCCAGUAUGUGGAGAAACUAGAGAAAAUCCUGCGCUUUGUCAUUAAGGAGAAAGCUCUUACACUUCAGGACCUGGACAACAUUUGGGCUGCCCAGGCUGGGAAGCAUGAGGCUAUCGUCAAGAAUGUUCAUGAUCUUCUUGCAAAAUUGGCAUGGGAUUUUUCACCUGAACAACUAGACCAUCUUUUCGACUGUUUUAAGGAAAGCUGGACAAAUGCAAGUAAAAAGCAGCGAGAGAAGUUGCUGGAACUAAUUCGUAGGUUGGCAGAAGAUGAUAAAGAUGGUGUAAUGGCACACAAAGUGCUCAAUCUGCUGUGGAACCUGGCCCAUAGUGAUGAUGUUCCUGUGGAUAUCAUGGAUCAGGCCCUGAGUGCUCAUAUCAAGAUUCUGGACUACAGCUGUUCCCAGGACAGGGAUACCCAGAAGAUCCAGUGGAUAGAUCGCUUCAUUGAAGAGUUGCGAUCAAAUGAUAAAUGGGUAAUCCCUGCACUGAAGCAAAUUCGAGAGAUCUGCAGUUUGUUCGGAGAGGCUCCGCAAAACCUCAGAAAGAAAAUGCCUAUUAACUUAACAAGCUUAGCUAGUCAAACACAGAGGAGCCCACAUGUUUUUUAUCGCCAUGACCUUAUUAACCAACUCCAGCACAAUCAUGCACUGGUCACUCUGGUAGCUGAGAAUCUGUCUGCAUACAUGGAGAAUAUGAGGCAGUUCUCCAAAGCAGAGCACACAGACUUUGACCCUCAAACGGUCAGGCCUGGAAGUCGAUACAGUCAUGUGCAAGAGGUGCAGGAGCGUCUGAACUUUCUGAGGUUCUUGCUGAAGGACGGGCAGCUGUGGCUCUGUGCCCCUCAGGCCAAACAGAUCUGGAAGUGCCUGGCAGAGAAUGCGGUGUUCCUAUGUGAUCGUGAAGCCUGCUUUAAAUGGUACUCCAAACUGAUGGGGGACGAGCCGGACCUUGACCCCGACAUCAACAAGGACUUUUUUGAGAACAAUGUACUCCAGCUGGAUCCUUCUCUGCUUACUGAGAAUGGCAUGAAAUGCUUUGAGCGCUUCUUUAAAGCGGUGAACUGCAGAGAGGGCAAGCUGGUGGCCAAGCGCCGGGUGUAUAUGAUGGAUGACCUGGAACUGAUCGGACUGGAUUACCUGUGGAGGGUUGUGAUCCAAGGAAGUGAUGACAUUGCUAACCGAGCAAUUGAUUUGCUUAAAGAGAUUUAUACAAACCUUGGACCAAAAUUACAAGCCAAUCAGGUGGAGAUCCAUGAAGAUUUUAUUCAGUCUUGCUUUGACCGGCUCAAAGCCUCUUAUGACACGCUGUGUGUGCUGGAUGGAGAUAAGGACAGCAUUAACUGUGCCAGGCAGGAGGCCAUCCGCAUGGUGCGCGUUCUCACUGUGCUCAGGGAGUACAUUACAGAAUGUGACAGUGACUACCACGAGGAGAGGACCAUCUUGCCAAUGUCCAGAGCAUUUCGUGGGAAGCACAUAACCCUCAUUGUGCGGUUUCCAAACCAAGGUCGGCAGGUGGAUGAUCUGGACAUCUGGUCCCACACCAACGACACCAUCGGUUCUGUGAGACGCUGCAUUCUCAAUCGAAUAAAGGCUAACAGCGCACACACAAAGAUCGAGCUCUUCAUUGGCGGGGACAUUAUUGAUCCUGCUGAUGACAGGAAAUUGAUUGGGCAACUCAAUCUCAAAGACAAAACGCUUAUCACAGCCAAGCUUACCCAAGUCAGUGCCAAUAUGCCUUCAAGCCCAGACAGCUCCUCUGAUUCUUCCACUGGAUCCCCUGGGAACCAUGGCAACCACUAUAGCGAUGGACCAAACCCUGAAGUUGAGAGCUGUCUUCCUGGAGUGAUAAUGUCCCUGCACUUGCGCUAUAUCUCUUUCUUGUGGCAAGUUGCUGACCUGGGCUGUAAUCUCAACAUGCCUCUUUUGCGAGAUGGAGCUCGUGUUCUUAUGAAGCUCAUGCCUCCAGAUAACACUACAGUGGAAAACCUGCGAGCCAUUUGCCUGGAUCAUGCCAAACUCGGAGAAAGCAGCCUUAGCCCUACCCUCGAUUCUCGCUUCUUUGGUCCACCACCUUCACAAGUCCUUUACUUGAUUGAGGUGGUUUAUGCCUUACUGAUGCCAGCUAGUGGCACACUGGGAGAGGAUGCUAGUGACUUCCAGUACAAUUUCUUGAGAAGUGGCGGCCUACCUUUGGUCUUGAGCAUGCUGACCCGAAAUAAUUUCCUUCCAAAUGCUGACAUGGAGACGCGUCGAGGAGCCUAUCUCAAUGCGCUAAAAAUAGCCAAGCUCCUGCUUACAGCGGUGGGCUUUGGUCAUGUGAAGGCUGUGGCUGAAGCCUGCCAACCAGUGGCAGAGGGGAACAUCCCAGUGUCGCCUAUAAACCAGGCCACUCAUGAUCAGGCACUGGUGCUUCAGAGUGCCCUGCAAAAUAUCCCAAAUCCCUCGGCUGAGUGCAUGCUGCGCAACGUGGCCAUCCGUCUGGCUCAGCAGAUCUCUGAUGAGAAUUUUUUCCAGGCUUCUAAGUAUAUCCCAGACAUCGGUGUGAUCAGAGCGGUUCAGAAGAUCGUCUGGGCCUCUGGUUGUGGUUCUGUUCAACUUGUCUUCAGUUCCAUUGAAGAGAUCAGCAACAUCUAUGAGAAGACUAAUGCAGGGAACGAGCCAGAUGCAGAGGAUGAGCAGGUGUGCUGUGAGGCCUUGGAGGUCAUGACCUUGUGCUUUGCCCUUAUCCCGACUGCACUAGAUGCACUUAGCAAAGAGAAGGCUUGGCAGACCUUCAUCAUUGAUUUACUGUUGCACUGUCAGAGCAAGUCUGUUCGCCAAAUGGCCCAAGAACAGUUCUUUCUCAUGGCCACUAGGUGUUGCAUGGGCCACAGGCCUCUCCUGUUCUUUAUUACCCUCCUCUUCACAGUUUUAGGUAGCACUGCAAAAGAACGAGCCAAGCAUGCUGGUGAUUACUUCACCCUUUUGAGGCACUUGCUCAACUACGCAUAUAAUAGCAAUAUCAACCUCCCCAAUGCAGAAGUUCUUCUCAACAAUGAGAUCGAUUGGUUGAAAAGAAUCAAGGAUGAGGUUAAGAGAACUGGAGAGACUGGUGUGGAAGAGACCAUAUUAGAGGGUCAUAUUGGUGUAACAAAGGAGCUACUGGCUUUCCAGACAGCAGAAAAGAAGUACUAUAUAGGUUGUGAAAAAGGGGGAGCAAACCUCAUCAAGGAGCUGAUAGAUGACUUCAUCUUCCCAGCCUCUAAUGUGUACCUGCAGUACAUGAAGAGUGGAGAGUUCCCCCCUGAACAGGCCAUACCUGUCUGUAGCACUCCUGCCACCAUCACAGCUGGCUUUGAACUCCUGGUUGCACUUGCUGUUGGGUGUAUGCGCAAUCUCAGACAGAUUGUUGACACCCUAACUGACAUGUAUUACUCAGGUUGUGAGGCACUUGCAGAAUGGGAGUACUUGCCACCAGUAGGCCCAAGACCCACUAAAGGCUUUGUAGGACUGAAGAAUGCAGGUGCCACUUGCUAUAUGAACUCGGUCAUCCAACAGCUGUACAUGAUCCCACCCAUCAGAAAUGGCAUCUUGGCUAUUGAGGGCACAGGCAGUGAUGUGGACGAUGACAUGUCUGGGGAUGAGAAACAAGAUAAUGAGAGCAAUGUUGAUCCACGUGAUGAGGUCUUCAGUUAUCACCACCAAUUUGAUGACAAACCAUCACUCAGUAAAUCAGAGGAUAGGAAAGAGUACAACAUUGGUGUUCUGCGCCACCUGCAGGUGAUCUUUGGACAUCUUGCUUCUUCCAGACUGCAGUACUAUGUUCCCAGAGGCUUUUGGAAACAGUUUAGGUUGUGGGGUGAACCAGUGAAUCUGAGAGAACAACAUGAUGCCCUGGAGUUCUUCAACUCGCUUGUAGAUAGUUUAGAUGAGGCUUUAAAAGCACUGGGCCAUCCUGCCAUGCUGAGUAAAGUGCUUGGUGGUUCGUUUGCUGAUCAGAAGAUCUGUCAGGGGUGCCCUCAUAGGUAUGAAUGUGAGGAGUCCUUUACAACACUGAACGUGGAUAUCAGAAAUCACCAGAAUCUGCUUGAUUCCAUGGAGCAGUAUGUGAAGGGUGACUUGCUUGAGGGUGCUAAUGCCUACCACUGUGAAAAAUGCAACAAGAAGGUGGACACAGUGAAGCGCCUGCUCAUUAAGAAACUGCCUCCGGUACUGGCCAUCCAGUUGAAACGAUUUGAUUAUGACUGGGAACGGGAGUGUGCUAUUAAAUUUAAUGAUUACUUUGAGUUUCCCCGGGAGUUGGACAUGGAGCCCUAUACAGUAGCAGGAGUAGCCAAGCUGGAAGGCUCUGAUGUCCAUCCUGAGAAUCAGGUGAUUCAGCAGAAUGAACCCUCGGAGCCAGAGGCACCAUGCAGCUCACGCUACAGGCUUGUGGGUGUGCUGGUGCACUCAGGCCAGGCCAGUGGUGGUCACUACUAUUCUUACAUCAUCCAGAGGAAUGGCAGUGGCAGUGAGGGUGAAACUAAUCGCUGGUACAAGUUUGACGAUGGCGAUGUCACAGAGUGCAAGAUGGAUGAUGAUGAGGAGAUGAAGAACCAGUGCUUUGGGGGAGAGUACAUGGGUGAAGUGUUUGACCACAUGAUGAAGCGCAUGUCCUACCGGAGGCAAAAGCGUUGGUGGAAUGCCUACAUCCUGUUCUAUGAGCGCAUGGACUCACUGGACAAGGACGGUGAACUGGUGAAGUACAUCUCUGAGCUGUCAAUAAGCGGCAAGCCCCACCAGGUCAAGAUGCCACCAGCCAUUGAGUGCAGUGUACGCAAGCAAAACGUGCAGUUCAUGCACAGCCGCAUGCAGUACAGUCUGGAGUACUUUCAGUUCAUCAAGAAACUCCUAACCUGUAAUAGUGUCUAUCUGAAUCCACCACCAGGGACAGCUGCGGCAGGUGAUAGUCAGGAAGCAGAAACAGCAUUUAGAAAUUGGAGAGGACAAGACCAUCUCUUGCCUGAAGCAGAAGAAAUGGCUAAGAUUAGCAUUCAGCUUGCUGCUCGAUUCCUCUUCAGCACAGGAUUUCAUACCAAGAAAGCUGUCCGUGGCCCAGCCAGUGAUUGGUACGAUGCCCUGUGCAUCCUCCUUAGACACAGCAAGAAUGUACGCUGCUGGUUUGCACACAGUGCCCUCUUUUCCUACCCAAACCGCUUCUCGGAGUACCUGCUCGAGUGCCCUAGUGCUGAGGUGCGAGGAGCCUUCUCCAAGCUCAUUGUAUUUAUUGCACAUUUUUCUCUGCAAGAUGGACCCUACCCAUCACCUGUUGCCUCACCAGGACCAUCCAGUCAGGGCUGUGAUAACCUGAGCCUAAGUGACCACUUGUUGCGCGCUGUGCUCAACCUGUUACGGAGAGAGGUGUCGGAACAUGGCCGUCACCUGCAGCAGUACUUCAACCUCUUUGUCAUGUACGCUAACCUAGGUUUGGCAGAGAAGACCCAGCUAUUGAAGCUUGGUGUGCCAGCCACCUUCAUGCUGGUGGCUCUGGAUGAGGGCCCAGGCCCACCCAUUAAGUACCAGUAUGCUGAACUGGGAAAGCUGUACACAGUGGUGUCGCAGCUGGUGCGUUGCUGUGAUGUAACAUCCCGUAUGCAGUCCUCAAUCAAUGGUAACCCUCCUCUUGCAAACCCGUAUGGCGAUCCCAGUUUGACUCAGCCUAUCAUGCCUCUGCAUCAGCUGGUGGCUGAGAUCCUGUUUGUGCGAACCAGUUAUGUGAAGAAGAUCAUUGAGGAUUGCAGUAACUCUGAGGAGACCAUCAAACUGUUGCGCUUCUGCUGCUGGGAGAACCCGCAGUUUUCCUCUACUGUGUUGAGUGAACUGCUGUGGCAGGUUGCCUACUCCUAUACAUAUGAGUUAAGGCCUUACCUGGACUUGCUGCUACAGAUCUUGCUUGUUGAAGACUCUUGGCAAACUCACAGGAUCCACAAUGUGCUCAAGGGGAUCCCAGAUGACCGUGAUGGCCUGUUUGACACUAUCCAGCGCUCUAAAAAUCACUACCAGAAGAGAGCUUACCAGUGCAUCAAGUGCAUGGUGGCCCUGUUCAGCAAUUGCUCAGUUGCAUAUCAAAUUCUUCAGAGUAACGGAGACCUGAAGAGAAAGUGGACAUGGGCUGUAGAGUGGCUUGGUGAUGAGCUAGAGCGCAGGCCAUAUACUGGCAAUGCUCAGUACACGUACAACAACUGGUCACCUCCUGUUCAGAGCAAUGAGACCUCCAAUGGCUAUUUCCUGGAGCGUUCCCAUAGUGCCCGCAUGACUUUAGCCAAGGCCUGUGAGCUGUGCCCAGAGGAGUGUCACUUAACGAAGCACGAGGUGGUGUCUGAAGAGGACGCAGGCCGGAAGCUGUCCUCGCCACAGCAGCUUUUGCCAGGGGAAGUGACAGGCCAGCAGCAACACACUGAGCCGGAUGAGCAAGAGGCCCCUGAUGACCAGGACUCUUCUCCACCAGAAGACACGUCUCUGUAUCCCCACUCUCCAGGGACACAGUAUCAACAGCAAAACAACCUUCCCCAUGGUCAGCCGUAUACUGGCCCGGCAGCACAGCAUAUGAACAAUCCUCAACGUCCAGGUCCAAGAGCACAAGAGAACUGGGAGCCCCCAGAAGAGGUGCCACCUGCCCAGACAAAAGAGUAGCAUCAUGUUUUCAUCCUGUCCUCCAUCUGAGCGCAAGACGUUCGAGCAAAGAGCGAGGCCCCAGGCCCCACCAUGCAGCGUCACUCCACAAACUGUUUCCAGAAAAUUCUGCUCCUUGUCCUCCUCACCCUGGGGUGGAGUUACACUGUCUGCCCUGCAGUAUUACAACCUGCCUGCAGUGGAUGGUGUAUGGUGGCAUAACAAGCCAGGCCUGAUGCACUUGUCUCAUGUGACGGUGUACAUAUUCUAAUAGUUUUGACUGUUCAAAACCAUCAGCACCACAUGCUGGUUGGAGACUUGCUGAUUUACGAAACUUUAAAACUACAAAAAUGCAAAAAAAAAAAAAAAAAAAAGGAAAAGAAAAAAAAAAGCCCUGUUUAAUCACCUGUGCUCAGUUGUGCAGUUUGAUCUGCCUUUUGGCCCUUUCGGUCAUUCAGCUCUACAUUAUUUUAUUCAUGUCCACUCUUGGUUAAUCUAUCCCGCCUCUGGAGCUGGAGCUGGCUGUACUGUAGGCAUGAUGGAAUGGUUGGCUGAUCCUGAUGCUCGGUUGACAUAAGUGGUGAUACAACAUAUUUGUUCUAGAAACUUUCAUUGCCUUUCCUUUUGUUUUGGUAUUAAUUGAAUCAUUUGAAAGCUCUAGUUGAUAUGCUGUAACGUUUUAGCAUGGCUUCACACCAAACUAGUGUAGCCAAAGGGAAGUUCUGUGAUCCUAACCGCCGUAGUUCCUAAUUGACAGCUAUUUUGAUUAGCUGUUUCCCCUCCCCAAACAAAAUCACUUCAUUUUAAAAAAAAAAAAAGGUAAGAAACAAGUGGCUUCUGACUUGCACAUAUGUAUCCUCUAACCUAACAUUUGGCACUCAGUUCUUGGUGGGAAUAAAUGUUUAGUUUGAAUUAUAGGAAUUUUAGAAAGAGAAAAUGUAUAUGCAACAGUUUGCUAUGCCAGGAUGCCUGGAGCAUUAGUGGACUAUACUCAGUUUGCUUGUUUGUCUCUCCAUGGUUGAACCUUGUAUUAGACAAACGGGGGGGAAUUAACAUUGGCCACUAAAAUCGACAGCCUUCAGGUGCUGCCUGUUCACUUGCUUAUUCUACUUGAACACAGAUUCUGCCUGGGGACUCUAUUGGAGCAGAAUGGACAGAAGCAGGGUUAUACUAUAAGAGAACUGCUGGUUAGUUACAUGGCAACUUUAAAACUAGAUAAGGUAAUAUUUAGGAAUAAGGGUAAACACCAGUAAAUAUUGUAUUUAAUUGGUAACUUGCAUUUUGGAUUUAUCUAAAAAAAAAAAAAAUACCAAAUACUCCUGCAAAUGAAACUAUUCUGCCCACCAUAUUAUAUUUAAAUAUUUUGCUGUUUUAUUUUAUAGAAUUUAUUUUGUUGUAUUUCACUGAAAAGGAAAAAAUAAUUUCAUUUAAGAGGAACGGUUUGUCCUUGUGUUCCUUUUAAAAAUACUGACUGUACAGAGUUCUUUGCCCUUUUUUGCUGACUUUUGUUUUGGCCAUAGUGACAUUGAAUUCUGGAGCCACAGUUGCAAUGUUAACUUUCACUUUGUGAGGUUUUUUUGUGCACAGAACUAUUACAAACAUUGCGCCCUUCAAGAAUAAAGAAACUAAACCUUG